UAGUAGUAGAGUCCUCAAUAGUUUGGUUUGCCAUCCAAAAAACAAAUGGAGACCAAAAUUGCAUUUUUCCCUCUUCAAAGUGUGUGGACUCUGUUCGAUUGGAUAUUCUGCAGUAGAUUAUUUGACAUAAUUUGAUUUUAGUGUACUAACUACCCAUAGCAGUAAUUGGUCGGGUUCCUAAGAAAGCGAGCGAACUGGCUCGCUCCCUCUAGCCAUGAACAAGAACAAACUCCCAACCGCAACACAGCUUUGAGCUUCCCCCCUUCCAGGAAAACAGAGCAAGCAAAUACCCACCAAGACUUCAAACGAAAAAGGGGCAGCAAAGUCAAACAACCCAAACCAUCCUCCGCCCCCCUUUCUCCUUCCAAGAAUGAGAACAGGGAGUGAGGGCUCAGGAAAAAAUAUGGAAUCAAUGGGGGUGAUGGGAAGGAGAUUGGUGUUGGUUGCAUCAGAUUUCGUUAUAUCCUUUAUGUGGGUUUGGUCAAGUGUGCUGAUCAAGAUCUUUGUGUACAAUAUCAUGGCCUUUGGAAGGGAUGACGUCCAAGGUGAGAUCUUGAAGCAUGCUCUUGCUGUCAUCAACAUGUUCUUCUUUGCCUUCCUGGUCAAAGCCACCAAAGGUGGGAGCUACAAUCCACUCACCAUCUUCUCUUCUGCUGUCUCUGGCAAUUUCACCCAGUUUCUCUUCGUUCUUUGUGCCAGGAUUCCUGCUCAGGUCCUUGGAUCAGUUAUUGGGGUCAUGCUCAUCCGUGAAGCAUUUCCUGCAAUUGGAAGCGGUCCACGACUCAAUGUGGACAUCCAUCUAGGUGCAUUGACAGAAGGACUUUUGACAUUUUUUAUUGUAAUUGUGUCACUUGGGCUUGCCAGGAAGAUUCCUGGAAGUUUCUACACGAAAACCUGGAUUUCAAGCCUUGCCAAGCUUACUCUUCACAUACUUGGUUCUGAUCUAACAGGGGGAUGCAUGAAUCCAGCAUCAGUGAUGGGUUGGGCCUAUGCUCGUGGGGACCAUAUAACCAAGGAGCAUAUACUUGUUUACUGGCUUGCACCAAUGGAGGCAACUUUGCUUGCUGUUUGGUUGUUCAAAUUGUUAAUGCAGUCACAGGAAAAAGAUAAGGCAAAAAUAAAAGGUGAAAAGUCAGACUGAUAUGUUCUCCAUCGGAACCUCAGAUGCUUGAAUUUGUCCCUAUUCAUUCUUAUGUGAGGUUUGCUUGUCUCUAUUAGUUUGGUAGGGCUUCUUAUGCAGUCCUUAAUUGGUACUUCAGAACAAGAGUAUCCGUCGCUGUGCAUUUAAUUUUAAAGCAAUGUUUGCUUUAUCACAGAACUAUGAAGUGAUUGGUUAUGAUGAACAGCAGGAGGUGACAAAACCUGAAUGAAUAAAGAUGAAAUCUUGUACAUGCGGAAGUUGGGUAACUUCAUACUGGAACUUUGCUUGUGCAAGACCCCGGACGGAAUUGAUCUCAUAUAAAGAAGGAUUGCACGUUAAGUAUAAACAGAAUUAUGCCAAUCCUCCUUGAGAGUUGAUAUCUGCAGUUACUAGAUAUUUCAAAUCAGUUGUGUCUAUCAAGAAUUCAAAGUUGGCAUGUUAUAUUUGUUCAGCCGUGAUUCAUAAUGUAGUUAUUCCCAUUCCACGGAGUUUGAAGCAGGUAAAUGCUUCCUUAUUCGAAGAUAAUCAACUGAAUAGAAGUUCUUAGUUUGGAGUGUAUGUAUCAAUUAUUAAAGUUCAUUUAAACAAACAGGAACAGCAACCAGUCGUGGGUCUAUUUGGUUAGACGUAAAACCUUUCCUUGAUUUUUCUUGGUUCCUCCCAUGUCCUUUUGCUUCCUUGUGAGUUCCAUAAACGUAAAACUGGUGAUACAAGUGAUGCCUUAGGCUUUUUGCA